UACAUGCUCUAAGGGGAUAGCUCAGCUGUUUCGAACAAUUGACGUUGUGUCCGUGAACUGUAAAGAAUCGCUAAUCUACCGUCUAAACGCAAACAGAUGUGGAGUGACUGUCCGAAUUUCUGACACAUCUCAACAGCUACGGAUACGGAUUUUGCGAAGCAGAGAUUUUGUACAUUUAUAUAAGUAGUAAUUAGAUUACGGCCUACGAGGUGUAGAGCGCGUUUCACCGGGAAUAGAAGAGAUAUCGCCAUGAGCGAAUUAAGUCAAGAAGAGAUGAGGAAAAGGCGGUUAGCCCGCCUUGCAGGCCUGGAAACCAGUAUUUCCACUAAUAGUUCAAAUAGUGGAACUGGAUCGAUUUCUCCUGGCACUCCGGGUCCCUCAAGAUCGUCUUCUGGUCCAAUAAUGUCACCUCCAACACAGCAGUUACAGCAUCCAGAACAUCCUAUGGAAGUUGAAGACAGCAGUGAAAAGCAGUGCAACACUUCUGGCGUCGAUGUAGAUUCUGGAAUUGAAAAUAUGGAAGUAGAAGAAUCUGAUCGCAGAGAAUUGGCACCACGCUCCAGGACAACGAGUUCCAGUACAGAGGUAACAGUUGACCAAAUUCACACAGUGGUCUCACGCGUCCUCUGUGUUUCAUGGAAAGAAUCUACGGAAGGUGCAAUAUUUCUUCCUCAAACAGCAGCUAAUGCCUUGGAGCAUGAACUCUCAGAUGUUACUGAUAUUGCUAAUCAGGCCCUGAUGGAAGUGCUCUGCAUGUUCUCUCGAGGCGAAGAUCCACUGAAAGAAAUAACAUCGGAUGCUUCUUCCGAUCGAGAAGGCAGUCCCAGCAGCCAAGCAAGCCCUUUGCUGAGCCCUGUUGUUACUCUACCUUCCUGUCCUGUACCCACACUACCUCUACCCACUGCUGGCAAGUCUCAGCAGCCAAAAAGUCUUAUUUAUUUAUUUGAAUGCUACUCCAGAGUUGCUGUAGAAGAACGGAAUCAUCCUAAGAGAUGUAGCACACCUCCUCUUUCUGAAGUGUUAGCCACACUGCGGGCUCAGUGUGUGCAACAUGCAAGUUUAGUUCUACAAGGAUUGGUUGGCAUCUGCCAAAGUGUAAUACCGUCAACGCCAUCCCCGUCACUUCUCUAUCCAGUGCUAUCGCAAAACCUACCUAGAGGUUUCCUGCAUGAACUUGUGGCUAGAACUCACUCUAAUCCUCACGUGUUCACCAAGAUUUUCACCCCGUUACUCCAAGGCUUCUUUCUCUCUAUGCAGCAAGCAAGCCUGAUUGGUAACACUCACCGCCGGCCAAUCGAGGCCUUGGAAGAACUAAUUGAGAUACGCUGUGGAUCCACUGGCAAUAUUCGUCCAAUUUGUCAGUUGAUAACGCACCAAACCCAGUUUUUACCUGACGUUUUGACGACUGCAGUUGGAAGAGAGCUUGCCAGAACAUCAUUCUUAGGGCCUUUCCUUUCCGUCUCCGUAUUCGCAGAGGAUCAACCCAAGGUUGCGGAAAAAUUUUUCAGCGGAAAUCCUGCAACAGAUAAGUCAAUAAAUUUAACUCUACAGCAGGAGCUUGAAAGCACUAGAUCGUCGCUUCACAAAAUGUUCCAUGCAAUUCUUGCAAAUAGUAGUAGCUGCCGAGAAGCUACACUGGCGUAUCUAGCAGCUCUUCUUCGACACAAUGAAAAACGUGCUCAAAUUCAAACAGAAGAAUUUGCCCUUGCAGGAGAUGGUUUUAUGCUCAAUUUGUUGUCAGUUCUCCAGAUGCUUGCUGUCAAGAUUAAGCUCAACACGAUAGAUACGCUGUAUCCGUUUCAUCCUUCUAGUUAUGUUGAAAUAAAAAAUGAUACCAGAUUAAAGCUCAACUCACAGGAAGUGACAGAGUGGCUUGCGAGCUUGGAGUCAACGCACAAAUGGACAGAGGCAAAGUUUCCAACUCAAUGCUGGUUUUUAACUCUUCACUGUCAUCAUCUGGCGCUUUUGCCAGCUUUGCAAAAAUAUCAAAGAAGAUUGAGAGCUCUCAGGGAGCUACAGAAGAUGCUGGAUGAACUACAGGCAACUGAGCCGCAGUGGAAAGAUGCUCCUUUUGCAGCGCACAACAAGGAGUUAAUGAAACGAUGGAAACAACAGUUGAAACGACUCGGUAGAUCAAAAUCUUCCGCUGAUGCUGGAUUGAUAGACCAAGUUCUUUUAAGGCGAUCUCUUCACUUUUAUACGUCUGUUGCCGACGUUCUGCUCGGUCUUCUUACCCAGAGACCUGCUGGUAGUGAAUUACCUACCCUUCCGCUUCCUCAACACGUUCCACCUCAAUUUACUGCCUUACCUGAAUGGUAUGUCGAAGACAUUGCAGAAUUUUUGCUCUUUGCACUUCAAUUCAGCCCCACAGUAGUGGCCAAUAACAUGGAUAAUUCGCUGAUUACAUGGCUACUAGUUGUGAUAUGUACGCCACACUGUAUUCGCAAUCCAUACUUAAUUGCUAAAAUUAUUGAAGUACUCUUUGUGAUCAACCCCAGUGUUCAGGGGAGAACAGAAACUCUACAUGACCAAGUGAUGGCACACGAGAUAUCAAAGACUUUCUUGGCAUCUUACCUUAUGAAGUUUUAUACAGAUGUAGAAACAACUGGUUCCAGCUCGGAAUUCUAUGACAAGUUUUCGAUCCGUUACCAUAUUAGUUUGAUAUUGAAAUCCAUGUGGGAGAGUCCUGUUCAUAGAGCUUCCAUCGUCAACGAAAGUAGAAGUGGAAAGCAAUUUGUCAAGUUUAUAAAUAUGCUGAUGAAUGACACAACGUUUUUAUUGGACGAAAGUUUGGAAUCUUUAAAACGAAUUCACGAAGUGCAGGAACUUAUGUCCAACACUGUAGCAUGGGCUGCACUACCUCAAGAUCAGCAACAAUCUAGAUCAAGACAAUUAACGGCCGACGAACGUCAGGCGAGAUCUUACUUGACUCUUGCAAAGGAAACUGUUGCCAUGUUCCAUUACUUGACUGUAGAUAUCACAGAACCAUUUUUACGUCCUGAAUUGGUCGGUAGACUCAGUGCCAUGUUGAACUUUAAUUUGCAACAGCUUUGUGGGCCGAAGUGUAAAAAUCUAAAAGUGAAAAAACCAGAAAAAUAUGGAUGGGAACCAAGAACAUUGUUAAGUCAAUUAGCCGAUAUAUACUUGCAUCUAGACUGUGAUAAUUUUGCUGCUGCUCUGGCUGGGGAUGAGCGCUCAUUCUGCAAAGAGCUAUUUAAUGAUGCUGCGGGUAGAAUGGAAAGGACUGCAAUUAAGACUGUGACUGAAAUUGAGCGGUUUCGAGCUCUAGCAGAACGGGCAGCUGCUAUUGCAAGGGAUAAUCAGGCACGUGAUGAGGAUUAUGGGGAUGCACCUGAAGAAUUUCGUGAUCCUCUCAUGGACACGCUUAUGGAAGAGCCUGUCAAACUUCCAUCUGGUAUCGUCAUGGACAGAGCAGUGAUCAUUCGUCACCUACUCAAUAGCGCUACAGAUCCAUUUAGCCGUCAGCCACUUAGUGAAGACAUGCUGACACCUGUCCUGGACUUAAAAGAAAGGAUCUCUGCAUGGAAACAGGAGAAGAAAAAGUCUGCAAACAUGUAAGUGCUACUAAGAACGUGAUGAGUUAUUUAAAAUUUGAAGAGGAAUUUGAAGAGGAAUUUGAAGAGAAAAAAAAGACAGAAACGAAAAGAUAGAAAAAAAACUUUGUCACAUUAUUCGUGCAAAUAAAUACCAGGUGGUGCAUUCCAUCGGUUAAAUAAAUGCCGCCCUUUUACGUGAACGUGACUACAGUGCAAUGAUCUGUGCAGCUGUUGCGCUCAAUGAAAUUAACAGUUUUCAUACGACAAAAACACUGACUGCAGCUAGGAAACUGCCAAUAUUAAUCCAAGCGUGCGUUUAUAUUAGUUUGUAAAUAAAGAAACAAAUACUGGCUAUGUUGUCAGUGUACAAAAUUCAAUUUUGUUCAUAGGUUUAAGUGAUUUUCUUCGUAAAAUUCAAAUACUAUACAUACGUGCGUACAUACAUAUAAUCUUUUAGUACCGAAUAAAUUCAUAAUACUUAUCCGAAUAAGACAACCAAGUCUUUGACACAGGGUGAUAUUGAUUAUGGCAUUGUAUACAUUUGAAAAUAGAACAAAAUACCUACUUCGUUAUAUAAAUUUAUAUAAAAAAAUAAGAAUUAGUUUCGGAAGAUUCACCGUAAUUGGCAGUAGACAUUUUCGGCAUGUGAAACACGUCAGUAAUCUGUUUACGAAACCCUAUUACUAAUCUUUAAGAAUAAUUUGACGUACGAAAGACAGAGAAAUGAAAGUAUUAGUUCUAACUCCCAACUAUUCGCAUGGAGUAACUUCCUGCCGGUGAUAUUCAGUGACCAUUUUUUUUUCUCUCAAGCUCUGCACUCACUGUAUGAAAAAUAGAUUUAUUGAACCUGUUGAACAAUGAGAUAUCCGUCAUUUGUCGAUAUAAAUAACAAAUAACAACCGAUAUAAGUAAAGAAGAAAAACUAUUGACAUACUGACAGGCUUUUAUCAAUAAAUAAUAUGUGAAUUUUUUCAUUUCUAUUGCAUGAAUCUAAGAAACUCUGUGAAAGGGGGAAAGCAAUAUAAAUAAUACAACUAAAUUGUCGCUAAAUAACGGAACAUACAAUGAAAGACAAUUUUUAAAGUUACAAUCAAAUGUAUAUACUUUGGAAAGUUUUCGUUAAUAAUUUAGAUCAAUUAUAUUUGCUAAUAAAUUUUAAAUAAAAAUCAAUAUGUAUUCGACUUAGGCAAAUAAAGAUCUCACUACCACUGAUCAUAACUGUUAGCACUUUGUUACAUCUGUUAUAAUCUGAAGUGAUACAAGUGGAUCGUCAAUAUUUGUCUAUACUAGCCAAUCAAUGCACGAAACAGAAUAAACGAUGUGUGCCAGCUGCAAUUGGCAUUGACUAUUUACGA